CUCACUGGGCGGGGCUUGAUGACGUUUCAGGACACAGCGAGGACUCUUCACCGAUAAACAACUUUGAGAUCAAAACAAUCUCUGAAGAACAACAACCCAGCUGGAUCCCCUCCGUGCACCGGCCACACCCGAACAAAAACACAAUAUUCUUUGGUCAGAUUGCAAGAGAGGCAGACAAAGAUGUUUGGAAAGAUCCUUUCUCAUCUGCUUGGGAACACUGACGAGGACUUUGAGGCUGCAGAUGACACUUACGAGGAACUGAUGGAGUUUGAGGAGGGAGAAUGGGUCAUUGUUAAUCUCCCAGAGAAUGGGCCGCUAACAGUUCCUGAGGCAGAUCCCCUCGAGAACCUGCUGAUUGAGCACCCCAGCAUGUCUAUUUACCAGAUGAGAUGCAGGAUGAGCGGAGCAGAGGAGGAAGAGGAGCCAGCCUCUGAUGAAGAUGAAGAGGACACCUCCAGGCCAGUGGCAGUGAGGCGGCACGUAUCCUGGCGUCUGGCUGCAUGGGGAAUUCCUCUAGCCUGCAACAUCCAGCUGCUGGCUGUCCAGAGGGCCAGGAACCAGAAUGAGCGCAAGAAGCUUAGCCGCAGUGCCCUCCACAGGCAGAACCUGGCCAAGACACGAUUCUCACCGGCAGAGAAACGGUACGGCCACUUCAAGCGGCCCUGCCAGCGCCUCUACAACUACUGAACAGGAAGGAUGAUACUGUUUGUGAGAGGGUGUUUCUCAGCUUGCCUCCACCAUAGCCCAGUGAACAGCACGGUGCCUUGAUUGUAAAUUACUCGGGUUUUCCACCCUUGUUUCACCUCACACAGUUAAUUUUGCAUAUCCACCAGGGUAAAGCAUGAGAUUCACCACUUCCUGUACAGUAAAAUGGAAAAUGAACCACAGCAACACAAGUUUUGAUUUUGAUGUUAAUAUAGGCAACUUGCACUGUAACCAACAUGUCUGAAACCACUGAGAAGAAUGAACCUUGAUCUUCUGACAUCAUAAAGGACACAGUCAGUCCCUCAGGUUGGAGAGCAGUAGUAACACACAGUUACUUUCAGAUUCAAGUCUUUGUACAUUAUCAAAUGAGUACAGUUCAGUUGCUUGACUUGUUGAGAUUGAUUAGUUCUAAGUAGGGGUAGGCCUUAUAGAGGCUUGGAAGUGUGUUUAAGUUUUUCUAAAGGUGUUGUUACUAGGGCUGCACGAUAUAUUGUUUCAGCAUCAACAUCUUGAUUUGUGCAUGAGCAGCAGUUACAUUGCAGAACAUGUGAUGUCAGUUAAGGCAAAUUAACUCAAACAUGUCAUGCUACUACUUUUGUGCCGCUUGAUACGAAAGGUUCUCAUUUUCCAUUACUAAUCUAUGAGAAAGGUCCAUCUGAUAACUUAGUCUGAUUUAAGAGUUCUUGGAUACACUGAGCUUGAGAGGUUCCCAAUGUGCUCCAUGUGCUCUGGCGAAGGGGUGUUCUUCAGUCUAUCAAACAACCCAACGGGCCCCUCUAGUUGCCUGUGAUUACCUGAAAAUAAGCACAGCCUGUUUUGGUUGCUUGACAAACUGAUCCAGAGCACACUGAAUGUGAACUGAUCGUUGUGCAAAUGGUCUGUGUCAGGUGUAAAGCCACCGCAACAUCACCCUUUGGUUUGUGGACUAUCAUUCUGUAGCCUUGAUUUUGGCAUGAUUAAUUAUGGCCAUUGCCAUCUCUGUUUUUAGGGGCCAGAUGUGACCACCACAGUGAUUUCUGGAGGGGUGGCAGAGGGCUGAACCAAGUUUGGUAGGAGAGGGAGAGUGAAAUUUAUUUUGGUAGAAUAAGCUAGACUAGUUUCCAAAUGAUGAAAAUUCUUAAUGGUAAUUGUAUAUCUGCAUGUGAACAGUGAACUGCUUGUAUCUGGUGAAAUUACUUGAAUUUUUUUCAAAUUGCAAUAUACAGUAUAUCACAGACAAAGCUUCUAUUCCAAUAUCGUGCAGCCCUAGUUGUUACUGUUACAGUGUGUGACACUGAAUCAAAUAUGAAAAAUUCAAACCUGUAGAAUACUUGGCUGUACGUUGUGGUGCAGUUGGGUUACGGCACAUUUGGAUUGGUUAUUCCUUGGUUGUAUUCAGUACGUUUUAUAUUAUGUGCCUUAGCUUUAGGUGUUCUUAUGACAAGUGAAUUAAAAAGUCCAUACCACAGUGACCAGUACAGUAUUCAGAUGAGAUAUUUCCCAGUUUUGCAAGGUAAAUGUUCCUUUCGUUUCUAAACAAGUCUUAAGGAAUAGCUACAACAUUGCAGUUCAUGUUUUGUAUUGAGUCUACCAUUUUGUACUUUUCAGCAGGUACUCACUCUUUCACAACACACACAUUGUUCAUUCUCAGUCACGAGUGUAAAUACAGUUGAAUACUAUGUUUUCUAUUUGCGUGUAUUUAUAAAAUGUACAAAAAAAAUACAAAUAAAUCUUGUUUUCUUAA